GGGCGGCCCCGCGCCUGCGCCCGCCCCUUCGCGGCACCCGUAGGAGCGCUCGGCGGCCCCGCCCGCCGCUCUCGGGCUUUAAUUCCAGGGCCGCUGGGCCGCGCGCGAUCCGGCUCCGCUGCGGCUCCGCCGACAUGGCGUCCACCAGCCGUUUGGAUGUACUUCCAAGGGUGACUUGCCCAAAUCAUCCAGAUUCCAUUUUAGUGGAGGAUUACAGAGCUGGUGAUAUGAUUUGUUCUGAGUGUGGGCUAGUAGUAGGUGACCGGGUCAUAGACGUGGGCUCGGAGUGGAGAACGUUCAGCAAUGACAAAGCAACCAAAGACCCAUCUCGAGUCGGGGAUACCCAGAAUCCUUUGCUCAGUGAUGGCGACUUGAGUACAAUGAUUGGCAAGGGCACAGGUGCAGCAAGUUUUGAUGAAUUUGGGAAUUCAAAGUACCAAAAUCGCAGAACUAUGAGCAGCUCUGAUCGUGCGAUGAUGAAUGCUUUUAAAGAAAUUACGAACAUGGCAGACAGAAUCAACCUCCCUAGAAAUAUAGUUGAUCGAACAAAUAAUUUAUUCAAGCAAGUGUAUGAGCAAAAGAGCCUGAAGGGGAGAAGUAAUGAUGCUAUUGCUUCUGCUUGUCUCUACAUAGCCUGUAGGCAAGAGGGCGUUCCAAGAACAUUUAAAGAAAUAUGUGCAGUGUCCAGGAUUUCAAAGAAAGAAAUAGGCCGGUGUUUUAAACUUAUUUUGAAAGCUCUGGAAACCAGUGUUGAUUUGAUUACAACUGGAGACUUCAUGUCACGAUUCUGUUCUAAUCUGGGUCUUCCCAAACAAGUACAAAUGGCAGCAACACAUAUUGCCCGUAAAGCUGUGGAAUUAGAUUUGGUUCCUGGGAGAAGCCCUAUCUCUGUAGCAGCUGCAGCUAUUUACAUGGCAUCACAGGCUUCUUCAGAGAAAAGGACACAAAAAGAAAUUGGUGAUAUUGCUGGUGUGGCUGAUGUUACGAUUAGACAGUCAUACAGGCUGAUCUAUCCUCGAGCUCCAGAUCUUUUCCCAGCAGACUUCAAGUUUGAUACCCCAGUAGACAAACUACCACAGCUGUGAGAUUGCAGAGGGUUAAUUUCUGUUAACCUCCCAAAAAAACCCAACAAAAACAAACUCUUUAUUUUUGCCUAUAAUAAAGGAUGUACAAAGUGUUAAUAUUGGGUCUUCGUGUUGUGGAACUGGAGGAUAUGGUGAUGGAGCAUAACUGCUGGAAGGCAGCAUACAUUCCAGGGGUAAACAAGCUGAUUGUGUGGAAUUUUGUAUGUAUAUAUUAGUGGAAGUAAAUAUUUAAUAUCUGUUGCAACAAAUUUAAUUUGAUACUGUUGUACUUAUUUAGAUUUCUUUUGUAGGGAUCUAGUAAGAUGUAUUUUGGAGAAUUUAAAAUAUUGUGUAAUUCCCAAAUAAACUGUUUUCCAAAAACACCAUCUUGUGGUAUGGCUGCAAUGUGACAUGCACGUACUGUAGUACAUGCUGAGAACUGGAAUGCAGUCCAUGGAAUGGUGGAGUGAGCUUCAUACUUGUGGGCUUGUUCACAAGGCUGCUUAAAUGCUCACAUUAUGGACAAUUUCUGAUCUCUAGAGUGCUCUGGUAGUUGUAGGGAGCUGUAGUGUGGGUGCUCGCACCCAGAAUGUAAACAGUUGCUGAAAAGCCUUCCAAGUUUUGCACAACUGCUGCAGAAUAUUUCCAAACUGGUUGCAAAAGGAUUAAUCCCAUCCUUGGCACCAUCUCUCUGAUUCUCACUGUCUCUGCUUUUCUGCCGUGAAUUUGAUAUAAUGACAAAGCAGCUACUGAGAAGCAUGAGGACUCAUUUUAGUUGAAUUCCUGGUAACUUCAUGAUGCUUAGUACUGUACAAAGAGAAGUAAAAAGUAUUUAUAGUGUAAGUUUGUUAAAUUUCUGACCUGCCAGCCCACCCUGCAGUCUGGCUGGCGUGUGGUUAUGUUCUAAGUGAGCACUUGCUGUUUGAACUGAUAUGCCAGGUGCUGAGUGAAGGCCUGAAGUAGUUCAGCCCUGCCCAGACUAAGAGCUUUGCACACUGGUUGCCUCCUGACAGUGUCCCUUUGUGUACAAAGCAACACAUGCGCUUAACUGGGAGUCUUGUAGUUCCUGAGAUUUUUGUAUCACAGGUGCAAGUGCAGUUUAACUACACAAAUAACAGCUGAGGGUCGGCUUGCUGCACAUCUGGUCUAAGCCAGCCAGAGGGACGGCUCUGUCCAGUGCUAAUAGCACUCACUAAUUGCCAGUAGCCCUCACUUUGUUUGCUAGUUGAGCUUUAAUUGUCUUCUGCCGGUACGUACUGGAAAUGUGGAAACUGAACAUUUUUUCUGUAGGUUGCACAGUCCUGUUACACCACAGAAGCUGUUGGUUACAGCCAUGAAACAUUCUGGUGUAGAGGUUAGGAGUACACUUAGUCGUUGCCAGGGCAUGUAUUCAUUGUCUGAUGUAUUGCCUUUGACUUUGUUGCAACAUCUUCUGUUACCUGGGCAUUCCUGGUCUUGGUCUGAGCUAUUCUGCCUGCAUCCUCUGUGCGUAGUGGGAUGCUGUGAAUGGGCUGGGCCUGACCAUUAAUGCAUUGCUACAGCUUGGGAAUGCAAAGGUGGAAAUUGCUUUUACUGUGAGUGCUGCUUUCCAGCAUAGAUCUGUAGAUGAAAUCUGCUCCAUGAAGGUUGAAAGUGACUGAAAUGUACAUUGCCCAUAAUGCUAAUCUUAAAUCCUUUCAGGCAUUAUACACGGGCACUUGACGGGUGAGUGUUUGCAGCUGAAGUGGUUGCAUACAGCAAAGAUUGCCUGGACAGGAAUUUAAAUACAUCUGUGCACAGCUCUGAAGUGCAGCAGAUGGAGGCAGGGAAGUGCAAUCAUGCGGUGACCCUGCUGUUCCAUAAGCAGUUCCUGUGUCUCCCAGGGUGUGGGAGUAACUUUGCAGCAAGAGGCAGAACUAGGAAUCUGCUUGAAGGGGCAGGUCUGUUCUGAAGGCCAUUUACUACUGGCUGCAGUAUACUAGUUAAUGUGAAGCAUAGCAGGAAAAAAUACGGCCUGGCUCUGAAUUAGUUUUCAGGCAGCUCGGAGCCCUGCGGUAGCUCCUGUCUCAGCCAGGCCCAGGGGCGGGCCCGGGGGGGGCAGCGGCCGCCCUCAGGCCGGGGCGGGCUCUGGGCGCUCGGCUCGGCCGGGGCUGGGCCUGAGGGGGCGGCUCCGCAGCCGGCCCGGGAGAAGGCAGGACGAUGAAGGGUUGCAUUCCCCACACACAAGUGUGUGAGGAACAUCUUCAAGCGUUAAUUCAAUGGCAGCUCAGAUUAGAUCCUCGAAACGCUGGAGCCAGCCUUUUCUGGAAUGACUGUUUAGCCAGGUAUGAAGUGUCUGCCUGUGGGCAAAAUGGCUGCGUAAAAUUCAUGUGGCUCUUAAAAGUAAAGAGCUCUGUUCUAAAUGCACUCAAAAGAAAGCUUCAUCCUCUAGACUGUCCAAAGAAAAGCUCAGGGAGGGGUAGGGAGGUAGGUACAGACUGUGGUUUGGUUACACAGCUUGCUAAGGAAUGGGGGUAGGAAAGAGACUGUAAUGAAGCAGUAGCCAGCAGCAGGGCUGAGUCGUCUCCCCCGUGCCCUCAGGGGAAGCCUGGGAGGGAGAAUGCUGAGCCAAGCAGACCGGACUCCAGCUGUCCUGACUGCUCCAAGCCAGAGACUGCUCAGAGGCAGUUUGUAAUGUUCUUAAAAAAA